AUGACAGGACCGCAACCACAACGCGGCUGGGAACUCGAAGAGCGGACCAUGCCGUCCGAGUUUGACCAGCAUCGCCGAGAUACAUCAACAACUGAUGGCCCAAAACAACCUAUCAGCCCACACCAAGUCCGAUGGCCCUUUGAGGACACGGGGCCGGACGACGACGGUAUCAAGCAGCCGUACCCCCCGCCGCAGCCGCCAGAGAGCCCGCCCGUUCAGCAGCAGCAGCAGCAACAACAACAACAACAACAACAACAAUACCAUCAACCUCACCCGUCCGGGGGUCCGGGGCCAAGCCCGAAGCCAAGCCGCACCCGCCACGUCCUCCGCUACUGGGGCCUCGAGAUCCUCACCGUCUUCGCCGCCGUCUGCCUACUCGCCGCCAUCAUUGCGCUGCUCGCUUACUACGACGGCCACUACAUGCCCGAGUGGCCGUUCGAGAUCAACCUCAACACGGCCAUCGCCCUGCUCUCGACCUUCCUGCGCGCCGCCAUCGUCGCCGCCGUCGCCGAGAUCAUCGGCCAGAUCAAGUGGACCUGGUUCGCCGAGCAGACGCGGCCGCUCCAGCACCUCGAGGACUUUGACGCCGCGAGCCGCUCCGUCCUCGGGUCCAUGAAGCUGCUGGCCGUCGUGUUGUGGAACCUGGGCUUCUCGUCCGCCGGCUUCCUCGCCAUCAGCGCCGCCGCCGUCACCAUCGCCAGCCUCACCGUCGCCCCCGUCACGCAGCAGGCCGUCCGCGCCGAGGCCUGCUCCAUGCUCCAGGACCACGUCCGCUCCGCCAUCCCCGCCGCCCACUAUGUCCCCGGGUCGUCGGCCUACUACCGCGUCGGCGCCGGCAUGUACGAGAUCGAGGUCGACAUGAAGAGCGCCAUGAUCAAGGGCAUCACGGACCCGGCCAGCCAGGACAGCAACGUCCAGGUGGCCUGCCCCAGCGGGAACUGCUCGUGGCCCGACUGGGGCACCGGCGUCACGCACGCGAGCAUCGGCGUGUGCAGCCGCUGCAUCGACACCACGAGCUUCGUCAGCCCGCCCGACGAAGGAGGCAACCUGACGUUGCCGGACAGCGGGGCCUUUAUCAACGCCCUGGGAGGGAAGUACAUGUGGAUGGGCUACAGCAACCUGACCGCGUACAGCCGGCUCUUCGACGACGAGUUCGCAACGGCGUCCGCCGUCUCGCUCGCCAACUUCUCCACGCUCAUGGUGUCCAGGUCCCCUUGCACGUCUGACGACUCGGCGGGGGCUCGCAAGCUGACCUGUCCGCACCGCCUGUCGCAGUCCGACAACAGCUACUUUGCGGGUAUCGGAGACUACAUCGCCGCCUCGUGCGUCCUGUAUCCGUGCCUGAAGGAGUACCACGCCCGAUACGAGGGCAACGCGCUGACGGAGGACGUCGUCCGGACCACGCCCGCGGUGCCCAAUCCCGCCGAGCAGAUGUCCUCGGCGAACGGGUAUCAAUACUCGGCCUUCAGCAACUACACGGCCAUACAGAACCCGUGCGUGCUCGACAACGGCACCUGGUACGACUCCAGCAACCGGAGCCAGGCCGCUCACGUCCCCGGCCGCACGUGGGCCAACUUCGGCACGCCGGACGACGGCGCGGGCGAGCCCCAGCCAGGAGACACCAUCAGCAGCGUGCCCAACGCGUGCCUGUACAAGAUGGACGGCACCUUCUUCUCGGCGCUGUCGAGGUUCCUCAGCGUGGACCUGCUGAGCGCGUCGUGCCGCUACGACUCGAUGCAGAGCGGCCACAUCGACUGCCAGGACGCGUGGUGGCUCACGCCGCUGUGGGCCGACAACAACGCGACGACGGCCGGCCUGGCCGAGGCCAUGGACAGCUUCGCGUGGGCCGUCACCAACAAGCUCCGCGAGACCGGCCUCGGCCCGGACGUGAUGCGGGGCGUCGACGCCCUGCGCUCCCGGAACGCCGAGGUCCUCGGCGACGUCUGGGCGAGCACGACGUGCACCUUCUUCGACCGCAAGUACAUCGCGCUGCCCGCCGUCCUGGUCGCCUUCUGCGCUUUCCUGCUGGGCUGGAUCAUCGUCACGAACCACACCGACCCGGAGCAGCCCGUCUGGAAGGGCAGCGUGCUGCCGCUGCUCUUCUUCGGCCUGCACAGCACCGUGGGCCCGGGUGCCGCGGGUAGGGGGGGAGGCGGCGGCGGCGGCGAGUCUAGGGACGCCGAGCGGCUGGCGAGGAACAUGACCUUCUUCCGGGAGAACGGGCGCGGGGCGCCGGAGCUGGACCGGAUCCAGCAGGAGUCCGGGCGGAUGUGGGUGCGGUUCCACGGCGGGACGGAUCCCGGGUUCCUGGACUUGGGGACGAAGGGGCGGAGGCGGAGGGAUCCCGAGGCCGACGAUGUGAUGCUGGUGGGAGAGAGAGCGGUGAAGAGUUAG